GGGAGCGGCGGUGCCACUACGACUCCUCCCUUCUCUCGCUCGUUCUCCCUCAAGUCAGUCUCUUCCUGUGGGCGGCGAGAGAGAGAGAGAGAGAGAGAGAGAAUUGGGCCUUGGAAACCCUAAAAGCCUCUUCACGCUUUUACCUCUUUGCUUAACGGUAAAUUCGCAUAGCCGGAUAUCUCUGGAAUCUGUGUUCUCUAGUAGCGGAUCGCAAAAGGAUCUUUUUCCCCUUUUAUCGGGUUUCCAUCUUGGUAGAAUUCCUUCAACCAUCUUAAAAUGUCAAUGUGCGAUGAACCGCUUAUCGCGGCUGAAGAUCCCUAGCUAUAUGUGGAAUAUAAUGUUGUGGCACGGAUGCCUGACUUUUGCAAUUUCUUCCUAGCUUUCUGCUACCAAUGUACCUGUGUGACCCGUGGAUCGCGGGAUGAGUCUGUUCAUGUAGUUAUGUUGGCAACUUGCAGAUACAGUGGCAAAAGAGUAUGUUAAAUCCUGAAACUUCUACCAAGUGGCAGACAUCACUUGCGUCUACUGUCUUGAUAAGUCAGACGAGGAUAGCUGGUAAGCUGAGCUGAAAUGAAGACCUCACAGGAAGGGAAUUUUACACAGGAUCCUCAGUGUACAACAGAAGUACAACCAUCAUCAGAAGCUUCACAUGUUUUACAAGGUGACCAUCAAAAUUCCCCGGUUGUCGAAACUCCUAAGGUAGAUUCAGGUUCGGUGUCCAUUGCAAGCAGUAAUACUAGGAAGGUUUCUCGUGACGACAUUGAACUUGUGCAGAACUUGAUAGAACGAUGUCUACAAUUGUAUAUGAAUAGAGGGGAGGUGGUUCAGACUCUCUCUAACCGUGCUAGGAUAGAACCUGGUUUCACAACACUAGUAUGGCAGAAACUGGAAGAAGAAAACUCGGAAUUUUUUAGAGCUUAUUAUAUAAGGUUGAAACUGAAGAAACAGAUCAUUUUGUUCAAUCAUUUGCUGGAGCACCAGUACCAUCUGAUGAAGUAUCCCAUCCAGCCUAAGGUUCCAUUGCCUCCAAUUCAAAAUGGGAUUCACCCUGUGCCUGUUAGUUUGCCCAUGGGGUAUCCGAUUCUUCCACAGCACCUAAUGCCCGCUACAGGUCAGCCUCAUGUUGACCCCAUGGGUUGUGGACUCUCCAGCUGUCAUGUGGUCAAUGGUAUUCCUGCUCCAGGCAGCUUUCAUCCCAUUCGCAUGAAUUCUGGAACCAAUGGAACGACUGAAGCAGCUCAUACAGCCCCUCCAGCCAUUUCAUCCAUGUCAGAGAUGGCUGUGAGUCCUGCUUCGGCGGCGUCAAGCAAUCAUUUUCCUUUUACUUCUGAGAUAUCUGGGAUAGGUUUGGAUGUGACAGCACUUGAUACAACCUUCCCACCUGAUGUGGUGAAUUCGGGAGGACUGCAAUUAGGUUCCGAUGGUGUGGGAUCUUCAAGAGACUCAAUCAGAUCAUCAGGACAGCUUUGGAAUUUCAGUCUUUCAGACCUAACAGCAGAUUUAACAAAUUUAGGAGAUCUUGGAGUUCUGGGAGACUACGAUGGUUCUCCUUUCUUGCCAUCAGACUCGGAUAUUUUGCUCGACUCCCCAGAACCGGACGAUAUAGUUGAAGAAUACUUUGCCGAUGUUGCCACUGGAUCAUGCCCUCAUCAAUCAGAUGAAGAGAAAUCUUAGAGACACGAGCGAAGCCAAAUUUUUGCAUCUGCACUCCAUUGGUAGACUGUACGAGCAAUAUGCUGCCUCUCCAAAUAUCACAAGUUAAUAAAGCUGUUGUGUCAUUUACAGCAGUCAGAGAUGUGAGUAGCUGAUGAGGGCUGGUCCCAUUUACUGCUGAUUGAAAUUGAAGACAGAAUAUUAUUCAUAUUUGGGAGAUUGUUUAUGCUACAACAUUAAAAAAAAACCAAAACUGCAGUGUGAGGGCAGUUUUGUUGCCAGCUUUAGUUAUUUGGCAGCAUUGGCAAUUUGCAUGAGUGACCAAGCUGACAUAUGAUUCUGGAUUUAGUCAACUGAAAGCUACAGCUUUAAUAGUGUAGGAGCUGCUGCUUGGCUUGGCUCUAACUGUGCUGCAUUUGGCAUUUCUACAAGCUAAAAGUAAUAAUCUUUUCCAUA